AAGACGGUCCCUCCCUGCCGUUCCCUGAGGAGCCGAUGGGGCCCGGGAGCCUCUCGCGGUCGUUGCUGCUGCGCUGCCGGCGGGCGGCGGCGGCGGCGGCUCUGGGCGCGCCCCGCUGGCACUGCCGCCCUCUGCCCGCCUGCCCCCUCAGCGUCGCCGCUCGGCUCAGGGCUCCGUGCCCGCCGGGCACGGGCGGCGGGGGGAGGCGCAAGGGGGCGGCGGGCGCCGGCGGGCGUGGAGAAGAAGAAGAAGAGGAGGAAGAAGAAGAGGAGGAGGAGGAGGAGGAGGCAGAGGCAGAGCUGGAGGAGCUGCUGGGCCCCUCUCCGCUGGCUCUGGAGCCUGGCGCGCAGCGCGUUGCCAUCGUGCACCCCGCGGUCAAAUGGGGCCCGAGGAAGUCGCCGCUCACCACGGCUGAAUUACAGAUUGCUGAGGCCGUCGCUCUUGUAGAUACUCUUCAGAAUUGGACAGUUUUAGAUAAAAUAAUUAUUCCUACAAAAAAUCCUGACAAGAAGUUUGUUUUUGGCAAAGGGAACUUUCAGGUUUUGACAGAAAAGAUUAAAAAAUUGCCACACCUGACAGCUGUCUUCUUGAAUGUGGAAAGAGUAUCUUCACUGACAAAGAAAGAACUAGAAGGUGCCUGGGGCGUGAAAGUCUUUGACAGAUACACCAUUGUACUUCACAUUUUUCGUUGUAAUGCCCGGACUAAAGAAGCAAAACUGCAGAUAGCUUUGGCCGAAAUUCCACUUCUCAGGUCAAAUCUGAAAAAUGAGGUGUCUCAGCGAGAUCAGCAGAGAGGUGGAUCACGAUAUAUCAUGGGCUCAGGGGAAACAUUUCUGGAGACACAGAAUCGUAUCUUGAAAGAAAGAGAACUUAAAAUUAGGAAUGCCCUGGAGAAACUAAGAAGAAAAAGGUCUUUACUUAGAACUGAGCGCAGAAAACGCGAGUUUCCGAUGGUCUCAAUCAUGGGCUAUACUAACUGCGGAAAAACUACUUUGAUCAAGGCCUUGACUGGGGAAGCAGGACUUCAACCCAGGGAUCAGCUGUUUGCCACUCUCGAUGUUACAGCCCAUGCUGGCUAUCUGCCCUCACACAUGGCAGUUAUUUAUGUUGACACCAUUGGGUUCCUGACUGAUCUUCCACAUAAUCUGGUUGAGUCCUUUUCAGCUACAUUAGAAGAAGUGGCUUACACAGAUCUGAUAGUUCACGUGAGGGAUAUUACUCAUCCAGAAACCAUCCUCCAGAAAGCAACUGUUCUGUCAGUUCUGAAGAAUCUUAAUCUUCCCAGCCAUUUAUUGGACUCAAUAGUAGAAGUUCAUAACAAGGUGGACUUGAUAGAAAGGUAUAAACCCACAGAAGAAAACGCUUUAGCUAUUUCUGCUCUACAUGGGCAUGGUUUAGAAGAACUGAAACAAGAAAUAGAGAAGAAAAUACUGACAGCAACAGGGAAGAAGAUUCUGACAAUUGUUGUCAACUUAGAGGGACCUCAACUAAGUUGGCUAUAUAAAGAAGCAACAGUUCAGGAAGUAGAAGUCAUGCCUGAAGAUGGCACAGCCAGGGUGAAGGUGAUAAUCAGCAGUUCUGCUUUUGGCAGAUACAAAAACCUCUUUCCCAACAGUAAGAUUUUCAAGUCAUGAAACUGAAUCCUUUUCUAGGAAAAGAAACUGGUAUCAUUAAGAGGAUGCAAAAUGAAGUUAAUGUGUUAAGAAGUUUAUUUUUCUUCCCCUGUUGAUGCUUUUGGCACAUUUUAGAAAUGGACACUGUUUCAGAAAACUUCUGUUUGGAAACAAUGAGACCUUUGAGCUUAAUUCUAUCAGCAAGUGCAAGGACAACACUAAAUUUUUAAUGUUAAAACUGUUGCUGGCUAUAAGCUGUGGACCUCAAACACAUGGAAUGGCAUCUGACUUAACCUUCAGAAAAGUACCAAGUUCCUUAUAUCAUAUAAGUAAAGCUUUUUAUCCCCUUUUUCAGAAUAAAAUAUUUAUUAUAGUUGUUUCAGAUGAUCUUUGGAAAAUGAAAGUAAGUGAACAAAAUGUUGUUGUAUAUAAAUAAGUAUGUAUUCAAGCAGAAUGCAUGAACAUAAACAAAAUAACUGCCAUGUCAUAUUGCAGUGAAGAAAAAACUCCAUAGAUUUGUUUAUUAAAGUACUGAAUAAAGUUAGCUGUGAACAUCUUUUA